GACGACAUAGUGCGUUUAACCUAUUUGCUAAGCCAUUGAUUGUUCUUACAAAGUUUUUGGUUAUGUGACGAAAAAAUUGAUUUUUUUGGGUGAACAAAUUCAACGAAAGAGAGAAAAAGUAAAACGGUUUCCUAACCACAAAAAUUGUGCAAUUUUUUUUUAAAUCAAAACAAAACACCGUCUCAAUUUCCAGUAAAUGGAAAUUGAUGAUCGUGACCCGUCGAAAUAAAAUCAAGCGAUUUGAUAUAAAUGUAUAUAUGUGAGAGCAUUGGUGCUUAAUAUUUUUUUCUUCUCACAUUUGACUUUCGCAUUUCGUAUUUUUUUUCUCGUCAUUCGGCUCUGGUGGUGCACCAAAUUAAAUAGAAAGACAUAGUGUUGUUCACUGAGCGCCUAGCUUUGGCAUACAUAUAUACAUAUAUGAUAUAUAUAUAUAUAUUUACAAGUGCAAAUGAAUGAAUGUGUGUUGAGUCCAUAGUGCCACAGAUAUAUACGCGUUUAAUAUCGAAGAGUAACCAGACUCAAAAAUGGAUCAAGAGUAUGGAAUAGCUUGGGCCCAAGGGGUCCACUCUGAUGAACAUGGCCAUCAAAUAAUAUGUGAAUCUGGUGCCGAUGAUUUAAUUGAAGAAAAUAAUGACAUUGAAGAGGAUGAAGAAUAUUUGGUUGGCGAAGAGAUAAUCCCAUCAACCGAAAUUAUAACCAUAUCGAAUAGUUUGGAUCAAAUUGCUGCCGAAAAUUUAAUUUACAUGGCACAGGAUGGUAGCGUUGCGAAUAUGGGUGACCUUAUUGAAGAACAAGUUGAUCAAGUCGACAAUGCUGACUAUAACGAGCAACAGUAUUUUGAGUGCACCGUCACCGAAGAGGUCAUCACCGAUGAUUGGGUGCAGCAACAAGGUGAAGAUAGAGUCGAGGUGCCUGUAUAUCAAUUGGGAGUAAAUGAACAAAAUGAAGAGGUACUUGUGCCAUUGCCAACCGAUGAGUAUACAACAUCACGUCCAUAUCCAUGUGAUUUUUGUAGUCGUCGAUUUCGUAAAAAGACCAAUCUCAUGAAUCACAUGGUUGCCCACAAAAAUGUAAAGCCACAUACUUGCAAUUUAUGCGGUGCACGUUACAUUCGCAAAAUAGAUUUAAUGAAUCAUUUGAAAGUUCAUGCACAAGUACCAGAUCAAAAUAUCGAAUACAAUAAUGAUGAUAAAAGUGCCGAUGAACAAGACGAUCUUGAAGAAGAUUCAUUAUUAACAACUCUGAAAAGUGAACCGGUGGGUAAACCACGUCGCCGAACUGGACCAAUUUUGCAACGAAAAGUAGUAAAAAUUGAAAGUGGCGGUAGAAGAACCGCACAAAAAAAGUUAUAUAAUGAAAAUGUUGGCACAAGUAGCCACUAUGAAUCCAUUAUACCCGAUCAUGUAACGGCAAUUGAUUCAAGUAAACCGUUCGUGUGUCAAGUGUGUGGUGUCGCUUUUAGUCGUGAAAAAGCCCUUAAUGCACACGUCGCACUGCAUGGCAUUGGUAAUGCGCUCGAGUGUGAAACAUGUAACGAAGUAUUUUGGACAGUGGAAUCAUUGCAACAACAUCAGAAAAUCCAUGAAGUCGAUGAAGAAAGCAGCGGUUCAGAAUAUGAACCAGAUGGUGAUAAAACCGCUAGUGACGAAGAUUUCGAUCCAAAAUAUGGCAAUUAUUAUUGUAAUGUGUGUGGCAUGUCAUUUCAUCGACCCGAUUUACUUAAACGUCAUGCAAAAACCCAUAAAAAAGACUAUACUUCAAAUAAAAAUGACAACACAACCGAAAGUCAUUGUUGCAAUGUGUGCGGCAAUACAUUCGAAGAAGCAUUGGAUCUACUUGCACAUGCCGAAAUUCAUACGAGAGCCUCAAUUCAAAAGUGCACAUUGUGUGGCGAAUCGUUUACACAUGACAACGAAAUUCGCCAGCAUAUUGUUAACGUACAUGGCAGAGAGCUGACAAGUACAACGUGUCGAAUGUGUGGCAAACACUGUAAAGACGAACGUACGCUAAUGAAACAUGCAUGGGAUCAUUCCAAAGAGAAAAACCAUUCCUGUACGAAGUGUGGCAAAACAUUUCACAAUAAAGCACGACUCAGACGUCACAUGCAAUCACAUCGCAACAAAUCUGUAUCGUGUAAUGUAUGCGGCGAAAAUUUCCCAGAUGGUCGUUCAUUGAUGAAUCAUCGACAUUCCCAUUCAAAUUUAUCGGGUCGACAAUUUCCGUGCCGUGAAUGUGGUAAAACAUUUGGAUCGCGUAGCUCACAACAAAUUCACAUGAGAAUACAUACUGGUGAACGACCUUAUGGUUGUCGGUUUUGUUGGAAGGCUUUCGCAGAUGGUGGUACUCUACGUAAACACGAACGCAUUCAUACAGGCGAAAAACCGUAUGCAUGCCCUGUAUGCCCAAGAGCCUUCAAUCAACGCGUGGUUUUACGUGAACAUAUUCGUUCACAUCAUUCACAACCCGAUCCAAACUAUGAAGACUCAUUGAUGCCAUACUAUUGCACUGUUUGCGGCAACCUAUACAAAACGUCACAGGAAAUUAUUCAACAUUUGAUUGAACAUAGUGAUGCAAAUACGGUAUCAAACCGCCAACCAGUUGUUGGGCCCCGAAAGUACAAACGUCGACGCAAGCUAAAGCCAGAAGAGCUCGAAACGUUCCGCAAAUCGAAAAAUGAAACCACCACAACAAAAACCACAUCAAAGAGAACAUCUCGCAAGCGAGAUGUAUCUGAACAGAGUGACACGAAUUAUAGCUCAUCGUAUGAACAUCAAGAGGAUGUGAUUUAUGAGUCCAGUCGAAAUGACAAUGAUACAGAUAAUAUUGAAGUGGACGAGCCAGAAAUUCAAAGAAUACACAGUGUUGGAACGCGUGUCAAACCGGAAUCAUAUGAUUCAGAUCCUCUCUAUACCGGCGAGUAUCUCGAAGAAACGGCACCAAAACGAAAAUCGCCAACUAAAAGACAAACAACUGUUGCAUCACAAUCAUCCACAUCGUAUUACGUACCAGUAGCACAAAGCACCAAGAAAAAAGUGGUGAUUGAAACAAAAGGCAGUCGAACGACAACAAAAGUUAAGAAAGUCAUAGCAUCGAAUCAAAUAAAAUUGACGCCACCUGAAAUCGAUAAUGGUGGCACACGUCGAUCGAGCCGUACCAAACAACCAACAAAUAAAAAAAUGGAAUCAUUGCCAUCACCAUCGAAGUCAAUGACAAAUGGAACGCCACGAUCAAAAUCACAAGCGAACGCUUUGAGUAAUUUAUAUGGCGAACUAUCAUUAAAAAAGACAACAAACUUAAAUCCAGAUGUUGUAAGCGAUUUGGAAGGAAUUUUAGGUUCACCAAUUAAAACAACACGUGAAACACAUCGUUACGAACAAGUAUCAAUAUCCGAGAAUGUGAAUGCAAAAAACGUUGACGUCAAACCACACAUCAAUGAUGAAAUAAAGCCAGCGACUCGGUCCAGUAAACGGUUAAGCAAUCGUGUUCAACCAACCGUCGAAUUACCGCUAAAGGCAAAAACGGUAAGAACCGCGAAAAAAUUGUCAACAGCCACUGUUGCUGCAUACCAUGCUGAUCACAUAAGCGAAUACAGUCAAGAGAGUCAAGACGAUCCAUUUGGCAAUUUACAAAAUAAUAUCAGCGAAGGUGUUGUGAUUGUAAAACAAGAGAAAGAGGUUUCAUACACAAUGACAGAUGAUAGUACUAAUUUACUUGUAUGUGAAAUGUGCUCAGCCGUAUUCACCGAUCGUGAACUAUUGCUUGCGCAUGUUCGUGUACAUAUUUGAACAUAUAAGAAUUAAUUUCCAACAAAAUAGAUGGAAGGAAAUAAAACCAGGACAAUCAACCUGCUUGUAUCGAUCUAUUUCACAACAAUUUCUCGAAAGAAAAAAAAUUGUCUGUCUUAUAUUUUUUUAACGAUCAUUAUCUCUAAGAUUCACCACCAACAUUUUUUUUUUUUUUUUUUUUGAAAAUGAAGCAAAUGGCAUUCUCUACACUCAACAUUCAAUGAAUAAAUCUGUUGAUUUUUUUUCUUACCUUUUCUUUUUAAACUAAGUUUCAUUUGAGUUAAACAAUUCUAGCAUAAACGUAAGAUUAGCUUUUCACCUUAAGUUGAGAAAACAGCAGUAACUUAGAAUUUAACCAUAAUGAGAAAGAAACACCUACAUAAUAAUCGUGUUUGAUUUACAUUUUAAGAUUAAAAUAUAGAGAAACUGGAUGGAUUAGAUCUUACAUUGUUACAAAUUAGAACAAC